ACCUCCCCCCCCCCUUUCCAAUAGAAGGCGUGGGGGGGGGUAGGUGAGUGAGUAGGUGAGUGAGUGAGUAGGUGAGUGAGUAGGUGAGUGAGUGAGUGAGUAGGUGAGUGAGUAGGUGAGUGAGUAGGUGAGUGAGUGAGUAGGUGAGUGAGUAGGUGAGUGAGUAGGUGAGUGAGUAGGUGAGUGAGUAGGUGAGUGAGUGAGUGAGUAGGUGAGUGAGUAGUCGAGUGAGUAGGUGAGUGAGUGAGUAGGUGAGUGAGUAGGUGAGUGAGUAGGUGAGUGGAUAGUGAGUGAGUAGGUGAGUGAGUAGGUGAGUGGAUAGCGAGUGAGUAGGUGAGUGAGUAGGUGAGUGAGUAGGUGAGUGAGUAGGUGAGUGAGUAGUCGAGUGAGUAGGUGAGUGAGUGAGUAGGUGAGUGAGUAGGUGAGUGAGUAGGUGAGUGUGUAGGUGAGUGAGUAGGCGAGUGUGUAGGUGAGUGAGUAGGUGAGUGAGUAGGUGUUGAUAGUGAGUGAGUAGGUGAGUGAGUAGGUGAGUGAGUAGAUGAGUGAGUAGGUGUUGAUAGCUAGUGAGUAGGCGAGUGAGUAGGCGAGUGAGUAGGUGUGGAUCGCAAGGAGAGAGGGAGAGGUGAGGAGGAGUGAGGAGGAGGUGAUAGGGAGAGAGCGAGGUGGGGGUGUCAGCAGCAAUGUGUUAUUGCGAUGCUAUUGUUGUUGUUAUUGUCAGGGGGAGUGGUGUGAUCGUGGGUGGUGGUGGUGGUGGGGGGGGGGAGAGGGGGUAAAGGGGUGUGGGGGGGGGUGAGAGGGGGGGGGGUGAGAGGGGGUGGGGGUAGAGGGGGUGGGGGGGGAGCGCGCGGGGCUCUGCUGGCUCCGUCUCCCGCACUCCGAGUCCACCGCUCGCGUGCGCGCGACACGCGGAGAGGAGAGAGAAGCGCGUCCAUGGGUCUCCUCGUCCACCUCGUCCACCUCCUCCACCACCUCCUCCACCACCAACACCAACACCACCUCGUCCUCCACCUCGUCCUCCUUCUCGCGCCGCUCACCGUCAACGGGACUCCACGGCCAGAUUCGGCGCUCACCGUGACGCUGAACGCGUCAUCCUCAUCGUCAUCCUCGUCGUCGUCGUCGUCGUCGUCCCCGCUGCUGCGCGUGCGUGGCGAGCCGCUGGAGUUGUGGUGCACCGUGACCAGCAUCAACCCCAUCGUGCUGCUGCACUGGAACUUCUCGGGGGACGCGGAGCUGCCGCUCGACCGCCAGGAGCGCCGCUACGACCACGUGGGCGUGCUGCACGUGACGCAGAGCGUGCACGUGGAGGCCGUGGGGGCUCGCCACGGGGGGCGCUACGCGUGCCGGGCCUCGAACCGAGCCGGCGGAGCCGACUCCAGCGCCAUCGAGUUGGUCGUGCUGGACCAUGGCUUCGUGCGCAUCUCACCCGCGUCGCGCGACGUCCGCGCGGACGAGGGCGACGCGGCGGAGCUGUCCGUGACCAUCGACGCGUACCCCCCGCCGCGGCUUGCCACGUGGUCCGGGCCUCGUCACGCCGACGAGGCCGCGACGGCGGCGCCGGUGGGGGGCAGCGGGGGGCUGUGGGGUGGGGGCGAGGGCAGCGGCGGGGGCAGCGGUGGCGAGGCGGCGGAGGCGACGUGGAGCCCGGUGCUGGAGCACCUGGGGGACAACAGGUACCGCAGCGUGCUCUCGCUGGCUGGGGUUUCCCGCCUUCUCUCUGGUUGGUUCCGCGUGGACGUGCACAACUCGGACAGCGCGGACUGGGCGAGCGUCGCGCUCCACGUGAGCGCGGCCCCCCAGAUCGACUCCCUGCUGGCGAGCUCGGAUAGCGAGCGGCGCACUUGCACGGCGACUGCGCUGCCGCGAGCGCACGUAACGUGGCUCCUGUGUCCCGGCACACGCAACAGUUGCAGCGGCAGUAACGACACGCGGGAACUGGAGGCCGGCAACGGGACGACGAUCCGCGAACGCGAGGCCGGGGAGGGCCAGGGCGGCGACGGGCCGCUGGGGGUCACGGUCGUCAGCGAGUUGACCUUGACCCCCGCCCUUUGGGGUCACGCGGGGGUCAUCGGGGAGGCGGUGGGGGCCGGGCAGCCGGAGGGACGCGCGGACGUGGGCGGCGAUGGAGAGGGGACGGGGGGGGAGUCGGGGGAUGUGCUGGGGUCAGGGUUCACGGUGGAAUGCGUCGCCUGGAACCGCUUGGGGAGCAGCUCCAGAGUUCACUUCACCUCGCCGUUCUUCCUGCGGCGGGGGGCUGCAGGCCCCGUGGCGGGCGGUGCGCUGAGCGUGUCGCUGUGGUCGCUGCUCGCCGUGUCGCUGCUCGCGGGCGCGCUGCUCACAUCCACACUGUUCUUCCUGCACAAGGCACGCGGGAGGCCGCGCUACGAGCUGCGCUGGAAGAUCGUGGACGCUGCGGCGAGCGAGGGCGGCCGCUACUGCUACAUCGACCCGGCCAGCCUCCCCUACGUCACCUCCGCCUGGGAGUUCCCUCGCGAGCAGCUGCACUUUGGCCGCACGCUCGGCACCGGGGCGUUUGGCAAGGUGGUGGAGGCCACGGCGUUUGGGCUGCGGCCAGGACAGAGCGCCCUGCGCGUCGCUGUCAAGAUGCUCAAACCGAGCGCGCACGCCACGGAGAAGGAGGCGCUGCUCUCCGAACUCAAGAUCCUGAGCCACCUGGGAUCCCACCUCAACAUCGUCAAUCUCCUGGGGGCGUGCACCGAGAGAGAGCCCGUGCUCGUUAUGACCGAGUACUGUUGCCAUGGAGACCUCCUCAACUUCCUCAUUGCCAAGCGCGCUCAUUACCGGCCAUGCGACCCCCCACUCCCCCACCACUACGCCAACCUCACCUACAGCGACACGUCUCUGGGGGGCGCGUGGCCGCCGGACCCCCACGGAGAGGGGUCCCUGGGGACCCCCCCGGGAGGUCUGUGGGAAGAGGGGGGCUCCCAUGAGGAGGAGAGGGAUCUCCUGCCCCUGCUCCCAGACGACCUACACAGCUGCGCUCUGCAGGUGGCGCGCGGCAUGGCCUUCCUGGCGGCACGCUGCUGUAUCCACCGCGACUUGGCGGCGCGCAACGUGCUCGUGACGCACGGCCGCAUGCUCAAGAUCUGUGACUUCGGCCUGGCCAGGGACGUGUCCACUGACUCCAACUACGUGCUCAAGGGAAACGCUCGUCUCCCCGUGAAGUGGAUGGCCCCAGAGAGCCUCUUCCAGGGCGUGUUCACGGCCCAGAGCGACGUCUGGUCCUACGGGGUGCUGCUCUGGGAGAUCUUCUCUCUCGGCUGCACCCCGUACCCGGGCCUCCCCGUCAACUCCAAGUUCUACUCGAUGCUGAAACAGGGACAUCGCAUGUCCGCUCCCCCGCACAGCUGCCCAGACAUGUACUCGCUCAUGCUGUGCUGCUGGCGGGAGGAGCCUAGCUCCCGGCCUUCCUUCCCGCAGCUCUGCGACCUCCUGCCCACCACCCCCCCGGCCCGUGACCCCUACGUCAACUCCCGCGCGCCCCCCCCCUCGGGGCCCCCCACGGGGCCCCCCACUGCCGAGGUGCAGAUCGUGUGGGAGGGGGGGCUGGGUGCUUCCACCACCACCACCACCCACCCCUCGGCUGAGACGCCACUUUUGGGGGGCGGGGGUCAGAGGGGCGGGGGAGGGGGCUUCCACGGGCAGGGCUAAGUGGGGGGAGGGGUGCCCCCCCCCCAACCCCACCGUGAGUGUGACGUCAUCAUCGGUGUAAUCUUCAUCGCUGAUGAGUGUGACGUCAUCAUCAGUGUAAUCUUCAUCGCUGAUGAGUGUGACGUCAUCAUCAGUGUAGUCUUCAUCACUGAUAUUUGUGACGUCAUCAUCAGUGUAAUCUUCAUCGCUGAUGAGUGACGUCAUCAUCAGUGUAAUCUUCAUCGCUGAUGAGUGUGACGUCAUCAUCAGUGUAAUCUUCAUCACUGAUGAGUGUGACGUCAUCAUCAGUGUAAUCUUCAUCGCUGAUGAGUGUGACGUCAUCAUCAGUGUAGUCUUCAUCGCUGAUAUUUGUGACGUCAUCAUCAGUGUAAUCUUCAUCGCUGUAACCUGCAUUACCAUCGCUGUAACCUCCAUCAUCAAUUUACCAUCAUCGCCAUCAGUGUCGUCGCAAUGACCACCACGAACGCCAUCAUCACAAACAUCACUUUAACCAACAUUAUCCUCUGUCGUGUAAUUACAUCACCGGCAGCAUCACCCCAUCGUCAUCAUCAAUGCAGUCAUCACAACGAUAACUUCACGUAAACAAAACAACAAUUAUCGUCAUGACCGACAUUGUGUUACUGUCAUCAUCAACAAACUGUCCCAUAACCAUCAUAUCAGGCCCUCAAUAGUUCUAUAAAAUCAUAAUCACCAUCAUCACCAUCACCAACUUGCCAUCAUCAACAUCAGCAUCACUGUAGCACGUUAAUUCGCAAUGCUCACUAUCAUUGAUCAUCAUCUCUAUGGUAACAAUACCAUCAAUUGGUGCCUACCAUCACCACCAUCAUCACCACAAUCAUUCAACACCAUCAUCACCACAAUCAUUCACCACCAUCACCGUCAACCACAGCCAUGAAAAUGAUAAUCAUGACAACCACCACCUCUACAACACCACAACUGUUACCACCAUCAUCUCUAACACCACCACAGCCAUCAUCACUACCACCACCACCACCACCACCACAGCCAUCAUCACUACCACCACCACAACCAUCAUCACUAAACACCACAGCCAUCAUCACUACUACCACCACCACCACAACCACCACAGGCAUAAUCACUACCACCAUAACCAUCAUCACUACCACAGCCAUCAUCACUACCACCACAACCGUCAUCAAGAACACCAACCUCCCUCACCACCACCACCACCACCCUCCCACACCACUACCCUAACCACCAUCAACACCACAACCACCAACCUCCCAGACCACCACACCGACCUCCACCAUUACCACCAUCACCACCACAACCACCACCAUCACCACAACCACCACCAUCAUCAACCACCUUACACCUCCCCCCGAAGCCCCCCCUCCCCCAUCUGAGCUCAGUGUUGUUGCAGCGUGCAGUGUAGCGCUUAGAGACUGAAUCUGCUCGUAUUUAUACAAAAGAAGAAAACGGUGCCCCCCAAUGUAGCUUCAGCAGACUGCUGGGACGGGCGCUGGAGGCGAGAAUCAGCUGUGAAGGUCGGCACGGCGCACGAGACGGUGGGUGGUGGGGUAAUGGAUUUGUUUUCUACUCAAUUAAGGCUGAGUUGACCUAGGGGGAGACCUGGGCCCGCUUCAGAUCAUCGUUUACUGGUGUUGGUGUUGGCCGUGAGCGGGAGUCGAUCCCCCAGUCGCUGGGUUCGUAGCGCAGCGUGGCGCUAACCGCCGCGCAAUCGUCACGUAUUGUGAUCGACACGGGGCUCGCUUAAGUCGACUCAGCCUUAAAUGAGUGCCCGCUUCCAUGCGUACACAACAUCAGCACUGGCCGGGAGUGCGUAGUGUUGCCCACGCCCAGAAUCUCGAUUUCAGACUAUUUAUUGAGACUGCAGGAAUCUGAUGAGCUGCUGAGCUCCUCGUCGCAGGUGACCAGUAGGAGUGGCGUGCCGGCCUUAAUAGGUGCUCACCAACAGCACUUGCCUGUUAAAACUCUACACGGCGGGGGGGGAAACUUUGUAUUUACAUGCGCACACACACGCACGUCUGUAUGUGUGCGUGUGUGUACACCUCGCUCUAGGUAAGGUGUUUAAUAUUGCAUAGACGCAACAUAAGCAGUGCUCUAGACUGCGUUACCUAGCAACGAGGUGCGCCCACCUUCGAAGCGGGGGGGUGCGUUCCCGAAUUUCCGAAUUAAUCCGAAAGUAUGACGCCGCAGGAAGUGACGUCACAGCCACGGGAAGUGACGUCACAGCCACGGGAAGUGACGUCACAGCCGCGGCAAGCGACGUCACCGCCGCGGCAAGUGACGUCACUGCCACGGGAAGUGACGUCUCCACCACGGCAAGUGCCUCCGUCGCGCGAGUCACAUGACGGGAAGUGCCGCCAUUGCGCGGAUGACAUCACAGGAAGUGCCGCCAUUUUGUCCGUCGGCGUGGUCGACGUCGCUCGCGCGUCGGUUAUAAAAGAGUUGCAAACGUUCGGCGUUCGUGCUCGCACAUUAAUCUCGACGAUUAUUA